GAGAGAACUGUCCAAUGAUAUUCAGAUAAUUUCACUAUAGUUUUAUCAAUCUAUCCUAUUGUCUCUUUGUGUUUGACAAGUUUUUGUACUAACUUUGUGUUUUGACAGUUGAAGAUGUCUAGUGUUUAUGCAGAUUUGUGUGUAUUUUCUGUGUUGUGUUGUGAUGUUGGGAUUUAGACAGUUCUUAUUAAAGUGCUGUUGGCGGUUCGGCGAGAUGCACACAGCCACAGCAGAGGGCCAGUACCGGGGCACCAACGGCGCAACUCACCCGAAGGAUAAAGUCGCCAUCUUAGACGCUGGCUCGCAGUAUGGAAAGGUGAUAGAUCGCCGCGUACGCGAGCUAUGCGUGGAAUCCGACAUCUUGCCGUUAGACACCCCGGCGUACCACCUUAAGGAGGCCGGGUACCGCGCCAUCAUCAUCUCAGGAGGCCCCAACUCUGUCUACGCCGAAGAUGCGCCAAGAUAUGAUGCUGAUAUAUUCAAGAUCGGACUACCCGUGUUAGGUAUCUGCUAUGGCAUGCAAAUGCUGAACAAGGAGUUCGGAGGCUCCGUGCUGCGCAAGGACGCCCGGGAAGACGGACAGUACGAGGUCGAAGUGGAAACCACUUGCCCCCUGUUCAACCGCCUCGAGAAACUCCAGCCGGUACUGUUGACCCACGGGGACAGCGUGCAGAGAGUCGGAGACCGUUUCCGCGUCGGCGCACAGUCGUCCAACCAUCUCAUCGCGGCCAUAUAUAAUGAGCAGAUGCGCUUGUACGGAGUCCAGUUUCACCCUGAGGUGGACCUAACCCCGAAAGGCAAACAGAUGUUGUCUAACUUCCUGUUCGACAUAGCGGGCAUGUCGCGCUCGUUCACGCUCCGCUCGCGCCGCGAGGCCUGCGUCCAGUACAUCCGCGACGCCGUCGGUGACAGCAACAAAGUCCUAGUUUUGGUGAGCGGAGGAGUGGACUCAACAGUGUGCGCCGCUCUGCUCCGGACCGCGCUGCGCGAGGACCAAGUCAUCGCGCUACACAUCGAUAAUGGUUUCAUGCGUAAAAACGAGAGCUCUAAGGUGGAGAGAUGUCUCCGUGAGCUGGGAGUUCGGCUCCACGUCAUCAACGCGUCGCAUCAGUUCCGGCAAGGCAGCACAGUGGUCCGCGAGGCCGGAGGCCGCACGCGCAGCACCCCACUCCUUUGCCACACACAGGCUCCAGAAGAUAAGCGUCGCAUCAUCGGCGACGUGUUCAUUCGUAUCGCUGAGCAGGCCGUGCGCGACCUCAACCUACAGGAGGACCAAGUUCUCCUCGGACAGGGCACGCUUCGCCCCGACCUGAUCGAGUCGGCAUCAGCCUUGGCUUCAGGCAACGCGGCCACUAUCAAGACACACCACAACGACACGGACCUAGUGCGUGCGCUGCGGGCGCGUGGCAGAGUGGUAGAACCACUCAAGGACUUCCAUAAGGAUGAGGUCCGAGCCCUCGGCCUAGAACUAGGCCUGCCAGAUGUUCUAGUGGCGCGGCACCCGUUCCCGGGCCCCGGGCUGGCGGUGCGCGUGCUGUGCCAGGACGAGCCGCGCGCCGAGCGGGACUUCUCCGAGACUCAGGUCAUAGUGAAAAUAAUGGUAGAAUUCGCGAGCAUGAUCGUCAAAUCGCACGCUCUACUGGGGCGCGUAGUCAACGCGACCACGGCCCCGGAGCAAGCCGAGCUCAAGCGCAUCUCCUCCAAGUCGCCCAUCGCUGCUGCAUUACUGCCGCUGCGCUCUGUGGGCGUGCAGGGUGACGCACGGACGUACAGCUACGCGGUAGCUUUGUCGACGGAUCGCUACCCGCCAGACUGGAAAGAUAUGCACUACCUCGCCAAGAUCAUACCUCGCGUCUGCCACAACGUUAACAGGGUGUGCUACGCAUUCGGAGGGCUGAUCAAAGAGCAAGUAACAGACAUCACGCCGACUUUCCUCACACAGCAGGUCAUCUCAACUAUCCGCCAAGCGGAUGACAUUGCCACACAGGUCCUGUUGUCGAACGGCGCAGCAUCCCGCAUCGCGCAGAUGCCCGUGGUCCUUAUCCCCAUACACUUCGACCGCGACGCCGCCACCCGGGCCCCCUCCUGCCAGCGCUCCGUAGUGCUCCGGCCCUUCGUCACCUCUGACUUCAUGACUGGUGUGGCAGCCCUGCCCGGGUCAGACGCCAUGCCGCAGGAUGUGAUAGACAGAAUGCGCAAAGAGCUAAUGAGCGUGCCGGGGAUCUCGCGCGUGCUGUACGACCUCACACCCAAGCCGCCCGCCACCACCGAGUGGGAAUGAUCGCCCAACCUUUUAUAUGUUUCUACUCGUCUUGUACGAUUGCACCCGGAGCAGUGGUCCACUUUGCAGCUCUGAGUCUUCAGACCGUUACCCGCAUUUUUACAAGUUGCAACACUAUGUGGUCACUUUACAGGUUGCAAUUUUAUUAGUCUAAACCUGCAGCAUAAAACCCAACAAUAAUA